AUGAGGCACCGCAGGUCGAGAAUUAGUGGUGAACAAACGGACCAUGGCACGUCGACCAGGAAGUGGCCAAACGCACCGAAUGGCCUGGAGCUGUUUUGGGGUAAUUUGAGGAGUGACCAGAAGGAGCCCUGUCUGGGUGUCGAGUUCCUGCCACGCGGCGGCAUGAAGUCGAGUGAGGCUGAAGUGGUUGAAGUUGACAGGGUAGCCAACGGCAGUACCAAGAAGAACACAGCAGUGGCAGCCGUGAUUAGUCGUCCGGCAAUGCUAGCGAUCAGGACUGUAUUCUGA